UCUACCGUCUCACCUCUUUUCCUUUCAACUAAAAGUCAAAAUCUUCACUGUAAACUCAAUGCCUUUUUUAAAUCACUAGACGAAAAUUCAAUGACAGUUCACACGAAGUUUCCUCAGAUUCAAACCAGGUAUCCAAACUCUCUCAACAUAUAGACAUUAAUUUAUUCUCUACCAACCCACCAUCAAAGCACCAAAGAUAACAGAGACAAUUCAGAGCUCACCUCAUUUCACAUCCUGAAUUUGCAGAUUCCGCAGCUCACAAGUUUUUAGCAGUCUACCCAAUACCAGGCUUAUAACCAAGCUUUCUUUAAACUUUGUGCGUAUAUAUAAAUAGCAAGGGAUCAGAGAGAUUAGAGGCCAUUCAUACCUCAAGAAAUUUGCUUGAGGUAUCCCAGAGUUUUGGGGGCAGCCAUGGCUACUAUUCCCGUGGCUUACCAAGAGCAUCUUCCUGCUUCUCCUGAAUGGCUAAACAAAGGAGACAACGGAUGGCAGAUGACAGCAGCUACACUGGUGGGCAUCCAAAGCAUGCCAGGGCUUGUGAUUCUGUAUGCGAGCAUCGUCAAGAAGAAAUGGGCCGUCAACUCUGCUUUCAUGGCUCUCUAUGCCUUCGCUGCUGUCCUUAUCUGUUGGGUGCUUGUUGGUUUCAGAAUGGCCUUUGGAGACGAGCUCCUUCCCUUCUGGGGCAAGGGAGCCCCAGCUCUGGGUCAGAAGUUCCUCAUAGCUCGAGCCAAUGUCCCUGAAAGCACCCACCUCUACAGCAAUGGCACUGUAGAAACACAAACCGUGCGGCCAUUUUUUCCCAUGGCUACUCUUGUCUAUUUCCAGUUCACUUUUGCUGCUAUCACGCUUAUCUUGCUCGCCGGUUCGGUUCUUGGCCGCAUGAACAUUAAGGCCUGGAUGGCUUUCGUCCCUCUCUGGCUCAUUUUCUCAUACACCGUAGGGGCAUUCAGCUUGUGGGGCGGCGGAUUCCUCUACCAGUGGGGCGUCAUGGAUUACUCCGGCGGUUAUGUUAUCCACCUCUCCUCCGGAAUCGCCGGCUUCACCGCCGCAUACUGGGUAGGACCGAGGCUGAAGAGCGACAGAGAGAGGUUUCCACCGAACAAUGUGCUGCUGAUGCUUGCAGGAGCAGGGCUUCUAUGGAUGGGUUGGUCGGGGUUCAACGGCGGAGCGCCGUACGCGGCAAGCGUUGACUCGUCGAUGGCGGUGCUGAACACUAACAUAUGCGCAGCAACGAGCCUUCUGGUAUGGACGACGCUGGACGUGGUGUUCUUCGGGAAGCCUUCGGUGAUCGGAGCCGUUCAGGGCAUGAUGACCGGACUGGUUUGCAUCACCCCCGGAGCAGGGUUGGUGCAGUCGUGGGCGGCUAUAGUAAUGGGAAUUCUGUCCGGCAGCGUUCCAUGGUUCACCAUGAUGAUCCUUCACAAAAAAUCUUCUCUCCUUCAACAGGUAGAUGACACCCUGGGAGUAUUUCACACGCACGCAGUGGCGGGGCUUUUGGGUGGCCUCCUGACUGGUCUCUUGGCGGAGCCGGAGCUUUGCCGGCUGAUAUUGCCGGUGACCAACUCGAGGGGCGCCUUCUAUGGCGGCAGUGGCGGCAUUCAGUUCGUGAAGCAGAUUGUGGCAGCCCUAUUUGUGGCGGGAUGGAACCUGGUGUCCACCACCCUCAUUCUUCUGGCCAUUCGUCUCUUUAUACCGCUGAGGAUGCCGGACGAGCAGCUUGAGAUCGGCGAUGAUGCCGUGCACGGCGAGGAGGCCUAUGCACUUUGGGGUGACGGAGAGAGAUAUGAACCUAACAAGCAUGGCUCCUCAGACAUUCAUGGAUCUGCGGUGUCACCGUACGUGAGUGGUGCAAGAGGCGUUACCAUUAAUUUAUAGAGACCAUCAUAUUUUACCAUUUAGAAAUGUAUAUUUCUUGGAUUUUUGGUCUUCGAUGAAUUUAUGUAUGUGUGAGAUUUAAAAUACGUGACAUUUCCCACACAUACAUGAAAUUUCCGACGUAUGCUGUUUUAUUUUUGUUGUAAAUCUUUCUGCGUUUUCUGAAGUCAAAAUUUAGGUGAUUGUUCAUACAUGAAUAUGACGUGAUCUUGAUGAAGAAAUCAAAAGAAAGAAAUUAUUCUUUUUUAUUUUUA